UCGCCACGCUGUCUUUUCGUCAGAGCUGAGGCAGGCAGGGAGAAGCACUGCUCCGAAUAGUGACGGUGAUCAAGAGACGACACACUCAGCCGCUGUUGUAAAAUGCAAGAGGUGGACCAAGUGUCAGGCGCCAACGCUCGCCUUCUCUUUCAUCUCUCACUCUAUCGCUCUCCCGCUCUGCUCUGGUUGUCUCUAUCUGCAGCCCGCUGGCUGGCUUCUCUCUCUCUCGCUCGUUGGCUGGGGCUUGGCUGGCCGAGCAGCGAAGUGUAUUGACACAGUGGACUACCUGCUGCCUGGGGACUGUGUGCGCUGUGAGUACUCUAUAAAUACGCGGAGCUCCAAGUUGUUGUUUUGGCUGCCAGUGAAUGGCCUUGUCCCUCGGAGGAACAACUUGAAGGUGAGCGUCAGGAACCGGGAGUAGCUUCUGGAAGAGGAACAGCCAGGAGGAAUGGAUGCUUGAGAAAAGACCGAGAUUGAGCCAGCUUCUCCUCAAUGAAAAAUGUGUGAAUAAGCAACAGUUUUUCAGAAAAGGAGAAAAACAAGUCACACUCUCGGACAGAGGGAAGUAACAAGAGCCCCCCCCCCCCAUUUUAUUUUUGGGUGAAUAUGCCAUUGUGUGGACACAAAGAAAGAUAGAGAAACACAGUCUUCAGUGAUUCUGUUAAUGUCUUAACAGUCUUUUUCUCUCUUUUUCUCUCUCUGUUUCUUUGUGUUUAUUUUUCUCCAGUUAGUGUCGGCUGUGGCUUGUCACUUCUGUAUAGCCGGUCUCUGGUGGAACAGCGCAAAAGGAGAAGACGACUUGCGCUAAGGGACAGAGAAGGGGCACGUAAAUAGUUUCCCUCCCAACUUCCCGCCACUCUCUAAACAUUUUUCUGACCUGCUUUCUCCGGACCCCAGGGGUGGCCCCCAAAUGCGAGUGGCAAGGGAGCCAUACUGUUUUGAAACCAGGAAAGGGGGUAGUGGAAAAAAAUAUCCCCCUUCACACUCCUGAGAGCAUAUGGUUUAGCGAGUGGUGGGCAGCUGCUUACUAGCCACCCGCUAAUUACGCUAGCGCGACAACAGGGGCAGCUCUGUGCUCGGAGGAGACAGUCGUGUUAUUGCUGGCUUUAUUUUGGUGCUGACUGGAGCUAUACGGAACAAUAAGCUUGCGGGCACAAAGAAUACAAAGAAGCAGUUGUUCUUGUUUUACUUGUAGCGUUUUGUAAGGAAAAGAAAAGGAGGCUGCUAAUGAAUGUCUUUACAGCUUCAGAGCUGCCGGAGCUCUAGCCCCAAGGCUCCCAGUUUAUCAGCCACAGGAGGCUGAAGGAAGAUGCUCCCCGCCUACUCUUGACGAAUACUGUGGAAGCGCAGUGGUGCCUGGUUCAUUUUGUCUUGAGGGCUGCCGGGAGACCAGUGGGAAGUGGAAUUGUUGACCAAGGCGGUGAAGAGAUCAAGGAGGCUCCUUACUGUGGAAUUACUUUACUUGAAUUACUUUAACUUUCAGGUGCACAUACGUGUGGUUGGUUCACACAUACACGUUCAUACUGUAUGUUUCCUCACUCCCCACACAUACAAUCUGUCGUGGUCCCCUUCCAGUGCUUGGAUUAAAAUGGAGGUAGUGUGGGCAGGUGGGGGGCUGUAGGAGCGGAGGCCCAGACCCGUCUGUCCUCUUCCCACAAAUGGAUGUUAUUAGUUUCCUAAAUUAGUUGCCUGGAAACCUCUAAAAGCUUCUGGCCGUGUCUUUCUGAAAGCAACUGCAACUCCCUCCCCACGGUGGAACACAGCUUGAGUCAGAGCUGAAUCUACCAGCCAUUACCCAGCCUAUCAUUCUCUCCUCCUCUAGCCUUGUUUCGCGUGUCAUCUUUAUUCCGUGGUUCUUCAUCUCCCACCCCGUUACCCGCACCUCCCCGUUGGGGACGCACUCUGGAAGUGGAGUAUGACCAGCUGCCAUUACCCCACGCCGCCCCCAGAGCGGGACCGGAUGUACCAACACAAGGUGUCCCUGGUGGUGCGCUACUUUAUGAUCCCCUGUAACAUAUGUCUCAUCCUGCUGGCCACCUCCACGCUGGGCUUCGCCGUGCUGCUCUUCCUCAACAACUACAAACCUGUUCACUUCACACCAGCCCAGCCUCCUGACGAUUGCAGAGGAAUGCUAUGUGGCUUCGGGUCAGUAUGUGAACGUGAUGCGGCUGACCCCUCCAAGACAGAGUGCGUCUGCAAGAAGAUGGUGUGUCCGUCGGUUGUGGCGCCUGUGUGUGGCUCGGACUCCUCGACCUACUCCAAUGAGUGUGAGCUGGAGAAGGCCCAGUGCAACACGCAGCGGCGCAUCAAGGUGCUGCGCAAAGGACCCUGCGCCCUGGAGGACCCGUGCAGUGAGGUGACCUGCAGCUACGGCAGCACCUGCAUCCAGUCAUCGGACUCCUUGUCGGCCAAGUGCAUGUGCCCGCUGAGCUGCGACGGUAAGCCCGAGCAGGUGGUGUGUGGCAGUGACGGCCAAGACUACCGCAACGAGUGCGAGCUCUACAAGCAAGCCUGCCACACCCAGAAGAACUUCCGCCUGCAGCACCAGGGAUACUGCAACCCCUGCAAAGACAGCGAGAACAGUCUGAAUGUGGCGUGCCGGGUGGAGCCACGUACCCGCCAGCCCCUGACCUUUGCCCCCCCGGAGUCCUGCCCACCUGUCAAUGAGCCACUGUGCGCCAGUGACAGCCAGACGUACGAGAGCGAGUGCCAUAUGACGAGGACGGGCAUGCAGAAGGGCAUUGAACUCAGGAAGAUCCACCCGGGCCGCUGUAAGAAACAAGAGAUGUGCAAGGUGGAGUGCAAGUUCAAUGGCGUGUGCCAGGUGGAACGUCUAGGCGUGCGCUGCUCCUGCGAGCCUAUCCUGUGCGACGGGACCUACAAGCCGCUGUGCGGCAAAGACGGACGCAGCUACGUCAACGACUGUGAGCGGCGACGGGCCGAGUGCCUGGCUAAAGCCCACAUCCCCGUCAAGCAGCAAGGCCCGUGUGAUCUCCACGCGCCCAGCCCGUGCCUGGCAAAGGCCUGCGAGUUUGGCGCUGUGUGUGUGGUGAAGAACGACAAGCCCGUAUGUGAGUGCCCCGAAGCCUGCCUCCAGACACCCGACCCAGUAUGCGGCAGUGACGGCCACAGCUACGGCAGCCAUUGUGAGAUGAGGGCCACGGGCUGCGCCCUGCAGAGGGACAUCCACAUUCAGCACCGAGGACCCUGCGACGAGGCAUGUGCCAACUGUUCAUUCGGGGCGAUCUGCGACGGGCAGUCGGGCAGCUGUGUGUGCCCGCAGGAGUGCGUGGAGUCCCACCAACCGGUGUGCGGCAGCGACGGCUCCACCUAUGACAGCGAGUGUGAGCUCCACGUACGCGCCUGUACCAAGCAGCUUGACCUGCGUGUGCUCGCCCAGGGAGAAUGCAAGACCUGUGGCAGCGCUGUGUGUGCCUGGGGGGCCCAAUGCAUCCAGAACAAGUGCGAGUGCACGCAGUGCCAGGGCCAGGCUCUCUCGCCUGUGUGUGGCAGCGACGGCAUGACCUAUGACAACACUUGCGAGCUGGGCUUGGCAUCCUGCGUCCUCAAGAAGAAGAUCGAGGUGGCCAAGCUCGGCAGCUGCGAAGAAGAGUGUGGUUCAGGAGGGUCGGCCUCAGGUGUUGAGAGCUGCGAACAGGAUAGGUGUCGUACGUUUGGAGGCUCGUGGGACGAGGACACAGAGGAUGACCGCUGUGUCUGUGACUUCGACUGCAAUCGCGUGCCUCGCAACCUGGUGUGUGGCUCAGAUGGGAAGACCUACAGCAACGAGUGUGAGAUGAAGAAGGCCAGUUGCGAAAGGCAAGGGCAUCUGCUGAUCCAGAAUCAGGGACCCUGCACAGCGAUUUCAGCCACCUCUCCACCGGAGCUGACAGCGCCACAACGCUGCAUUCAGUCAGUCUAUGGCUGUUGCCGCGACAACAAGACGGCGGCCCUUGGUGUGGGACUCGCUGGAUGCACCAGUACGUGCCAGUGUAACCCGUAUGGCUCCUACAAGGGGACGUGUGACCCGGGCAGCGGCCAGUGCUCCUGUAAGCCCGGCGUCGGGGGACAGAAGUGCGACCGCUGUGAUCCAGGCUUCUGGAACUUCCGUGGCAUUGUCACAGAGAACUUGAGCGGCUGCACACCGUGUAACUGCGAUGCAGUGGGCUCGGUGAGGGACGACUGCGAGCAGAUGUCAGGCCUGUGCUCCUGCAAGACUGGAGUGAAGGGCAUGAAAUGCAAUGUGUGCCCCGACGGCAGUAAGAUGGGCAGGAGCGGCUGCGACACAGGUGCUGAUGCCCCAACCUCAUGUAAUGAGCUGGACUGCAAGUUUGGUGCGUCUUGUGUUGAGGUCAAUGGUCAAGCCCACUGUGAAUGCCCUUCGCCCGACUGUGACGAGAUGAACAAGACCAAGGUGUGUGGCUCUGAUGGGGUGACCUACGCUGACCAGUGCCAGCUGAGCACCAUUGCCUGUAGGCGGGACAAGCACAUCAGAGUGGAACACUUUGGCCAGUGUGCAGAAAGCAUCACCGAGCCUGCCAGCCGACCCACCCCUUACCCCCCCACCCCCCGUGCAAAAGCCACCACCCCCUCCCACGUCAGGCUUACGCCGCCGCGCCAUGGCACAUCAUACUCUCCCUGGGACGAUGAUGAAACCGAGGGGCCACUAGCCUCAUUCGUGGAGGCCCUGCCGCCCCCCAUGUCCACUGAGAGACCGCUCACCACCAACCACCCCGUCAUCACCCCCCACCACCCACCUCACUCCACCACCCCUCGCCUACCCAGCCACACCAGCCCUGGCUCCUCCCCUACAGCCUUCGAGGACUCAGGGAGCGGUGAGCCCAGCGGAGACGACCAGGUGGAGGAGGUGGAAGAGGGUAGCGGCGUCGGAGUCCUGGAGGCGAGCGGAGAGGAGCCAGUUGACCCCACAGCCGCAGCCACCACCAUCCCCACAGCGGAGGACCGCUCGUCGUGUGACAACACUCCCUUCGGCUGUUGUCCUGAUGGCAAGACGGCUUCCAGCAGCCCUGAGGGAGCCAAAUGCCCCUCCACCAUGCGGUUCAGCGGCUUCCUGCACUUGGACCAGGUGGAGGGCCAGGAGGUCUUCUACACCCCUGAGAUGGAGGAUCCCAAGUCUGAGCUGUUUGGCGAGACGGCCAGGAGCAUCGAGAGUGCUCUGAACGAGUUGUUCCGUAAAUCAGAGGUGCAGAAGGACUUCAUGAGUGUUCAAGUCCGCAGCCUGGCGCCCAGCAACUACAUCCUGGCCUUCAUCGAGGCCCACUUCAACCCAGAGACCAGGUUCACGGUGCAGGACAUUGAAGGAGCCCUGCUCAAGCAGCUGAAGGCAGCCAAGGAGACAGCCAUUGUGGUGAAGAAGCCAGAGGAGGAGAAUAUUCGCUUCAACAACUAUGGCCUGUUCUCCCUCCCCUACUUCACCACCAGUACCACAGCUACCACCACCACCCCCACUGCCAGCACUGCCACCAGCACCACGCUGCCGCCCCCCAACUCCCCUUUCAUCACACGCCGUCCCCUGGGCACCACACGCCGUCCCUAUACCAGCCUCCGAACCACCGCCGCCCCUUCUACCAUGGCCCCCACUCCCACCACUACUAUCACCCCCCUCCACAGGACCAGCCCUGUGCCCCACUACACCAAGGCCCAGCAGCCCUGUGACUCCCACCCCUGCCGCCACGGCGGCACAUGCGAGGACGACGGCGCCGAUUUCACCUGCAUCUGCCCUGCCGGGAGAGGGGGUGCUGUCUGCGAGAAAUUGAUCACAUACUUCAUCCCGUCAUUCGGGGGUAAGUCCUAUCUGGCCUUCGACACCAUGAGGGCCUAUCACACAGUCCGCAUCGCAAUGGAGUUCAGGGUGGCCGAGAUGACGGGCAUCCUGCUCUUCAACGGCCAGGAUGGCAAGAAGGACUUCCUGUCUCUCACCCUGGUCAAUGGCAAGGUGGAGCUCAAGUUCAACACCGGCUCGGGCACAGGAACACUGGUCAGUAAAGUCCAGGUGAAGCAGGGUCGCUGGUACCAGCUGGUGGUGACGAGGAACCGGCGCAACGCCGUGCUGAGCGUGGAUGAUGAGCUCCACAUCGAAGGCGCCAGCCCCCCCGGAACCGACGGCCUCAACCUGGACACACACCUCUUCAUCGGAGGGGUGCCCGAAGACAUGAUGACAGAUGUGAAGGAGAGGACCUCCACCGGUACAGGUCUUGUUGGAUGUGUUCGCACGCUGGAUGUCAACAACCUGGUGUACAACCUGCAGGAGAAGGGUGGCAACGUGCUCUACGGCACCGGCGUAGGCGAGUGCGGCAACAACCCGUGCCAGCCGAACCCCUGUAAGAACAGCGCCUCCUGCCAGGUCAAGGAGGCUGAGAUGUUCCACUGCAAGUGCAUCAACAGCUACUCCGGUCCGACGUGCGCCGACACCCACAAUCCAUGCGAGCCUAACAGAUGCCACCCAUCGUCCCAGUGUCAGGUGCAACCAGAAGGAGGGUAUAAGUGUGAGUGUCCCAUGGGCCGCGAGGGACUCUAUUGUGAGCAAGUGUCGGACAAGAAAGGGGCCUACAUGCCGUUCUUUAGUGGUGACUCUUACCUGGAGCUGAAGGGAUUGCACACCUACGGUCACAAUCUCCACCAAAAGGUCAGCAUGACGGUGGUGCUCAUGGCCAACGAAUCCAACGGCAUGAUAUUCUACAAUGGCCAGAAGACCGACAGCAAAGGGGACUUCAUCUCCCUCUCCCUCAACGACGGCAUCCUGGAGUUCCGCUACGACCUGGGCAAGGGCCCCGCCGUCAUCAGGAGUAAAGAUAAGAUCAAGAUGGGUGUGUGGAACACAGUGAAUCUGGAGAGGGCCAGUCGCAAGGGAGAGAUCAACAUAAACGGAAAGGACCCAGUCAGGGGAGAGUCGCCGAAAUCACGCAAGAACCAACACACCGCUCUCAACCUGAAGGAGUCUCUGUUCGUGGGUGGUGCUCCUGAUUUCAGCCGGCAAGCGAGAGCCGCCUCGCUCAAAGAUGGCUUCAAGGGGGCCAUUCAGAAGAUCACCCUGAUGGGCACUCCCAUCCUGCGGCAGGCGAACGCAUUGCACUCCAGUGACGUGGCAAUGUUUAAGGGCCACCCGUGCAGCCGGGAUCCCUGCCACAACGGGGGUCUCUGCAACCCCAUGCUUGAGAGCUAUGAGUGUGUGUGCCCCCACGGCUUCACGGGCACAGCCUGUCAGAACACCAUCUUGGAGAAGUCCGCCGGGGAGUCGGAGUCCAUUGUUUUUGACGGACGGACUUUUAUCGAGUACCACAACGCCGUCACCAAGAGUGAGAAGGCCCUGCUGGUGAACAAAUUUGAGCUGAGCAUCAAGACGGAGGCCACACAGGGCCUGGUGCUGUGGAGCGGCAAGGGCGUGGAGCGCUCUGACUAUAUCGCCCUGGCCAUUGUGGAUGGCCGCGUGCAGAUGACCUAUGACCUGGGCUCCAAGCCUGUGGUGCUUCGCUCGACGGUGCGCGUCAACACUAACAGUUGGAUCUGCGUCAAGGCCAGCAGAGCACGUAGGGACGGAUCUCUCCAGGUGGGCAACGAGGCAGCAGUCACGGGAUCGUCGCCCCUGACAGCCACUCAGCUGGACACAGACGGAGCUCUCUGGUUGGGUGGCUUGGAGGAGUUGAUGGUGGCCCACAGACUGCCUAAGGCCUACAGCACGGGCUUCGUUGGCUGUGUAAAGAAUGUGGUGGUGGACGGCAUGGGGCUUCACCUGGUGGAGGACGCACUCAAUAGCCCCAAAAUAUUACACUGUUCCGCCGCUGAGGACAAGAAAUAGCCUGGUUAAACCACCCCCUUCAGAAACUACAUGUCUAAUGCUGUAAUUAUGUUCUAUUUUUGCCUCGUCUUGGUGUCAUAUCAGUCACUACCACCCAACACAGGCUAUAGACAUAACCCUAACUCUACAUACAAACAUUCCCGUGUGAGGCAAAUGCAGUAGACAUACUGCAGAUACCUGUGUCAUGUUCGUUAGAGCACACUGUUACAAAAUGUUUUGCAACAUUUUGCAACGAAAACAAGCCUGUCUUAUUGGUGCCUCAUGAACACAACUCUGGUUUCAUAGAACCCUCUGCUUGCCCCUGAUAGGACACAAGUGUAUUCCAUAUUAGUUAAGACUGAGUUUCGGAAACCGUCUGAACAAAGUCCUCAUACAGCGCAAAUACUCUCAGUUGGCUCUGAACCAAUGACUAAGUCUCAUUUUUGAACAAAGACGAAGACUUACAUUCCAGAACAACUUACAUAUCAUCAUUUAAAACAUCCAUCAAUCAAGAAAUGUAAUAAUAAUUUACAUAAAUAAAUGUAAUAAAUAUAGAGUAUAUAAAUACCUGAGACUGUGAAUAUGUAAGAUUGGUUCUCUUCUCAUGUAUUGUGCUUCUCAUGGAUUGUGCAUAUUCUAUUUUGCAAUCAGUAAAGCUAACAAUGACCACUAGUUGCAUGCAGUUUCUGCGGUGUUGAUUUUUGUUUUGUUUUAGUUUCGCCAGAUCUUUUCAUUUUCUGAGGCGAGCGUGUCAGCGGUCAAGUGGAUUAUUUUACUCUCACCUGAUUUCACUGAGCUUGUAGAACUAAUUUAAUUUGGCUGGGUCCUUUUUUUUUUAUGGUGUAACAGAACAAGUUGUUGUUUUUACCACAUCUGGCCUGAUGGAGGAGCUGUAAGAUAAGGUUAAAUAGAGGAAGAGGAGAGAUGUCAUACAUACCAGGUGGGCAAUGGGACCCUUCAAUGCUCAGUCAUGGAAUGUUUAGUCAUCAAAAAAAAUCUUCAAUCUUUCAAAUUUCAGAGCAAUUUUUUUUUUCUCAAAUUGAAAUGAAAACUGGUUUAUACUCUUGCAUUAAAAUAAACGGGUCAAUCUCUUGCUGUUGGUAAGGGGAUAAUGUGAUAAGUUGGGAUAUUGGGCGGCAAAAUUUAAAGAAAAAUCGCAAACAUAAUUGCAAUUGCAAAUAAACAUACUAAUACAUGGGUUUGUAUUAAGAUGAAUUCUGUAACAUCCAAAAACUGACAUAAACCCACUCUGUUUUGAUACAUAAGAUACUUGGCAAUAUUGUUCACUUCAUAUUUCCCCCUUCUGAAACAAAGGCGGCCAUUUUGUACGUGUAAAUGUAGCAUUGUGUAAAACUGUGGAGGUUAUGUUUUUAGUACUAUACACUGGAACCAAGAAGUCUGACUUGUCUGUUCACUACACACAAUAAUUAUGUUCUUAUGUUAAUGGGGAAGGGAAGGGAAGGGAAGAGCAUUGAAGCAUAUGGCUUUUGAGUCAAAUCAAGGACUAGUUUCCAAAGCUAAGACCAGUAACCGUGUGUGCGUAUGUAUGGUCUACACCACUGCAUUUCUAUGUUGUAUUACUGUUGAAUGGGACCUAUUCCAGUAGUUGUGGAAUGUGUCCUGUGUUAUUGACACUCAGAAGUGACACUGGCUCAAGAGUAAGACGGGCACAAUCUAAUGUCGGGGGAGUUGAAACUGUCUAUGAAUUGCCUUAAAACAGUUCAACGGCUCACCGGUUGACAAAGUCGUUGUCCAUGCUGUUCUGUGCUCUUAUUUUAGCCAGCAUCCUAGCCUCAUCAACCCCAUAGUGUAAAUUAAUAUGUAAUAAUUCAAUUCAUAAUAAUGCUCAUACAAGUCAUCGGAGAGCCUCAAAAAUGUCUGCCUCUGGCUUUUACAGAAAAUAUACUAUUUACUGUUCCUUUGUCUUCAAGUGGAUUCCCCUAUCGACUGGCCUCUAAACUACUGUUUGAUUGAGACGCUCCUGAAGGGCAGUGCACCGAGUAAGAGUGGCAUGACCUGACCAUUACUAACUUUAUUACCUUUGUCUUUUGUUCCUACCACCAUGAAAUAAAAUGUCAAAACAGA